AUGAAGCGACCCAUCUGGCCCUUCCUCUUCGUCGCGUGCAUCUUUCUCGCAUUCGCCUUCGCACAGGAGCACUUCGUCGAUGCCGUCGAAGACCAGCGACCACUGCAGCACCAUCCCGAGCCUUCGGAGGCAGCCUACACAGCAGGCAAGACGUCAAAGAGAGUGCAUGAUGCAUAUGACGAUGGACAACGAGCGCAGAGCAAUGCAGUGUCGGAGGCGACGGUGAUACUGCGAAAGAUCAAGCCACCGGCGGUGUCGACAUGGACGGGUUGGUUCAAGAAGCCGAAAGGUGUUCUAGCAUCAGCCGCCUACUACGCAAAGGAAGCAUUUGUGCUUCUGUUCAUGAACUCCCCCAAGCAGACACAUCUCCUCACGACCUCGAAGACGACAGAUCAGCCUCCAAAACUCGGCCAGCCACUCUCGCGAGCGGUCAAGAUCCUCGAAGACGCGGCAAACAACGAUGAUGUCGAUGCGAUCCACCUUCUGGCCGAUCUCAACUUCUACGGCAACUAUAGCCACCCCGUUGACUACGAUCAGGCAUUCUUGAGAUACAAGCAUUUGGCGGAUAUCACAGGAAAUGGGACAGCACAAUACAUGGUUGGCUUCAUGUACGCCACUGGCCUCGCGCCUUCCGUGCCCAUGAAUCAAGCAAAGAGCAUGUUAUACCACACAUUCGCGGCGGAGCAUGGGCAUACACGGUCGCAGAUGACACUGGCGUACAGGAACCUGGCAGGAGUCGCCACACCGAAGAAUUGCGAUGAGGCAGUGCAUUGGUACAAGCAAGUUGCCGACAAGGCUGUUGAAUACUACCGCUCUGGUCCGCCUGGAGGUCACAGCCUGGUCAAAAAUGCGUACAGAAUCGCCGAUGAGGCAGGUGGUGUGUUUGGCGAAGGAGCCAGUGUAGCAUCUGCUGGAGCAAACUCGAAGCAGGGAGGACCCACGAGCGAUGCAUACGCAGAUGUUGAGGACGUCCUGGAGUACUUACACUUGCAGCACUCAAAGGGCGAUCUUAAGGCGACGUUUGGACUUGCGCGGCUAUACUACGACGGCUCUCGUGGUUUGAAGCGCGACCCGAGAAUGGCGAAAGAGCACUUCAUGUACGUGGCACGAGAGUAUUGGGAGAAGGGCGGCAAAGUGAGAAAAGACGUUGGGCACGGUACUGAGAAGCUUGCAGCUAAGGCGGCAGGCUACCUCGGGCGCAUGUUCUUGAGAGGCGAAGGCAUGGAGCAGAGCUUCGACAGAGCACGUGUCUGGUUCAAGCGUGGAGUCAGCAACGGGGAUGCACUAUCGCAAUAUAGCCUGGGCUUGAUGCAUCUGAACGGCUAUGGUGUACCACGGGACGUUGUCAAAGCAGCAGACUAUUUCGCCGCUGCUGCCGAUCAGGACCUGGCCGUCGCACAAACGAGUCUUGGUCGCCUGUUCCUGGAUCAGGGAGACACAGCCACUGCGACCAAGUACUUCGAGCUUGCUGCGAGAAAUCAUCAUAUCGAGGCAUUCUACUAUCUGGCCGAGAUGAACAACAAAUCCAUCGGAAGAGACCGUUCCUGCGGUGCGGCAGCCGUGUACUACAAAAUUGUCGCCGAGAAGGCCGAGCCAGUCUGGUCAUCAUUGAACGAGGCGGUUGACGCGUACGACGAAGGCGACGAGUCGAAAGCUUUGAUGGGCUACCUCAUGGCUGCCGAACAAGGCAGCGAGAAUGCCCAAGCUAAUGUAGCCUGGCUUCUUGAUCAGUCCCAGCCGCGUUGGUCGCCACUUUUCUGGUUGUCUUCCAAGUCAAAAUCAGCUACCACCGCUAUCGGCGACGCAGCUCUGGCUCUUGUGCACUGGACUCGUUCUGCCAAACAACAGAACAUCGAUUCAUUAGUCAAGAUGGGUGAUUACUAUCUCUUCGGUUUGGGCACUGCCAUCUCUCCACAGAAUGCUGCUGCUUGCUAUCAAUCAGCUGCGGAGACACUUGCAUCUGCUCAAGCAAUGUGGAACCUGGGAUGGAUGCACGAGAACGGCGUAGGCAUUGAUCAGGACUUCCAUCUCGCCAAGCGCUUCUAUGAUCAAGCGCUCGAGACCAAUCGCGAAGCAUACCUACCCGUCAAGCUCAGUCUCUUCAAGCUGCGAUGGCGAUCAUGGUGGAAUGGUGUAACGCGGGGUGGCGUCCAUGGCAUAGAAGACGAGCCCACCAACCGCAAGAGCCGGACCUUCGCCGAAUGGCUACAGGACUUCCUAGAAGCGGACGCGGCAUACUACGCGGAAAACUACGAGGCAGAUGACUGGGACGGACAUGAUUCUAUGCCUGGUGGCGACGAGUACUGGGGUGAUGGCGAAGAGUAUGACGAUGCAGUUGUGGAGACUCUGCUCAUCGGCGGACUGGUUAUGGCACUGGCAUGGUUGAUCUAUUACAGACAACAGCAACAGCGCGCUGCUGAGCAAAGAAGGAGAGAUGGUGUCGAUGCACCACAGCCAGUCCAGCAAGUCCAGCAGGCUCAACAGCAGCAACCUCCGCAACCGCAGCCGGGGCAGCAGCCGAAUGGUGGUUUCUUCCCACAACCUGGCGAUCCAGCGUGGAACGACUGGGUUGCUGGAGGUAUUGGACAUUAG